AACAUACAUUUGCUUUACAUCUUGUAAAAGAAUGUAAUCAAAUUAUAAAAUAUUUUAAAAAAUCGCAUCAAUUGAAUACACUUUUAAAACAAGCAAUUGAAGAAUUACAAAUUUCUGGUGGUGGAUUAAAAAAAUUUAUUGAUACUCAAUGGACUUCAGCAUAUAAAAGUAUUAUAUCAGUUAAUCGAUUUGAACGAGCUUUUAUUAAG